GAACCGAAAGACGUGUUUGUUGACAGUAUGUGUGUGUGUGAUUGUGAACCGGCGUGACAUUUGGUUGUAUUUAAAAAUACGCGCUGUAUGUCGAAUCUAUAGUGCAACUGUAAAUCACGACAGCCUGAACUGCGCUGCUUCUGUGUUAAUGGACAGCGUCAAGAGAGGAAGAGGAGGCAGGAGUGGACGAGGAAGGAGAGCAAAUCGAGGUGGAGAGGACAGAGACACCUGCCUGUCUAAAUCCAUGUCUUAUGCACUUCGCCAUGGAGCCAGUCAGAUGGGUCUUCACAUGGGUACAGACGGCUUCCUGUUUGUGGAGGAACUCCUGGCUCAUCCUCAGUUCCGCUCAUAUUCAGUAGAAGAUGUAGAGAGAGUCGUGGCCACGAAUGACAAGCAACGCUUCAAGCUGCGUUCCCACCCGGAGGAUGGCCGUCUGCAGAUACGAGCCAAUCAGGGUCAUUCAGUGCAGGUUACGGAUUUGGAACUGAGACCAGUCCUGGCUGGCUCUCCAGACUGCCCUGCUGAGGCUGUCCAUGGCUCUUACCUCCGCAACUGGAGCUCCAUCCAGCAGCAGGGCCUCAGCCGCAUGAGGCGGACUCACAUCCACUUGGCAUCCGGCCUGCCGGGGGAGGACGGCGUCAUAAGUGGCAUGAGAAAAGACUGUGAUCUAGCUGUGUUUAUUGAUGUCCCCAGAGCUCUUGCUGACGGCGUCGAGUUCUUCUGGUCAGAAAAUGGUGUAUUGUUGACUCCGGGCGACGUUGAAGGCAAACUUCUCCCAAAAUACUUCACCCGAGCCCUGAGACUGAGGCCCACCCGGAGCGUCCUGCCGCUGCAGUAGCAGCUGAGGAAGCUGUUCACAGCUGGUCGUGGCUGAACUCACCUGACAGUCGGCGCAUCCCAUUGUUGGCUGAUUCUUAUCUUUGUUGCUGUGGCAACGCAUGAUCCGCAGCAGCAACCUCGACAGGCCUCUCGCAUCAGGAGAGAAAUAAUCCAUCCACUGACUGUAAUGACAGUUCAGUCAGCUUGUUUUUAGAAAACACACUUUAUAUUUUCCUUGUGGAGCUCCUGUUUUAUUCAGUUAUACUGUUGCUAAGAGUGAGCUGAGGCACACACUGGAUAUACUUGAAUGACAUUUUCUUGUAUGUUACAGCCUCACAGCAGGUUUAUCUUUGGCACUUCCACUUUCUAACGAGAAAACCCCCAGGCCCAGAUUUGAAUGCGUCCUGUGCUGAGUUUGGAUGCUCUCCCUGUGCACUGAUGGGCUUUAUGCUGGUACAGUUUUCUCCCACAGUUGAGGUUGUGACUAUAAAACUUGCUGUAGGCGUAAAUGUAAAUAUGUGCGUGUGUGUGUUUGUCGUAUGAUGGACUGGUGACCUGUCCCGGGUGUAUUCUGCCUGCACUGCAGCCCCCCGUGAUCUUGAUUGUGAGAAAGUUGGAAAAGGUAUAAAAGAUGUAUGGAUUGCAAAAAAAGUUAAAUUGUGAUUAUUAAAAAAAGAACUAUAAAGGAAACACAACAUUUCUUGUUC